AUGUCUCGGAGCUCCGCGCGAAGUUCUUGGAUCGGCGCUGGGCCCCCCCCCGCGGCGCCUCGGACGCCGCCCCCGGCACGCUCCAUGCGCCAAGGGAGAGGCCCAGCGCCGACCCCAGAGGUUCGCAGGGACGUUCGAGAAAUUAGGUUUGUGCAGUGUUUCGCGCCUCUUCCCCACCUCAAGGUGGUCUCCUGGAACGUCCAGAAGGCCAGACCGCCCGGGGAGCCCAGGGCUUUGAGCUCGCCCGGAGCUGGCCCGAGCCAAGUGGAAUGCCGGCACGGGAAUGGUUUUUACCCCUGGGCGACAACGGGCAUGACAGGGGGGGGGACCGGUCGGACUCCUCCGGAGGGCGAGUGGGAGGAGGAGGAGGAGGAGGCGAUGAGUUUGGUCCUCUAA